AUGACUGAUUUUUUUCGGCUUGAAUGUGGUUUUAAAACGUAUGAAUGGGGUCAAAUUGGAUUUAGUUCAUGUAUUGCUCGAUUCCUUGCAUCUGCACAGCCAGAAGUGACAUUACAUUGUGAUGAACCAUAUGCAGAGCUUUGGAUGGGAGUUCAUCCUUCUGCUCCAUCUAUUGUCCAAUAUUCUAGACAAUUUCUUCAAAAUCAUCUUGAAAUGAAUCAGGUGCUUUUAACUAAAUCUAUUAUUGAUGCUUAUGGACCUACGCUUCCUUUUUUAUUUAAAAUUCUUUCCAUUAAUAAAGCUUUAUCUAUUCAAGCACAUCCAGAUAAAAUGUUAGCACAAAUUUUGCAUAAUAAAGAUCCUAAAAAUUAUCCAGAUGCAAAUCAUAAGCCUGAGAUGGCAAUUGCAAUAACACCAUUUGAAGCACUUUGUGGUUUUCGUCCUUUGGAAGAAAUUUGUGAAUUUCUUGAAUCUGUUAAAGCUUUUAAUGAAUUAGUUGGUGAUGAAGUAACAUUUGAUUUUAUAAAACAUGUUAAGAUAGGACAAAAUAUGGAAUCAAAUCGAUUAAUAUUAUCUAAGCUUUUUAAAACAUUUAUUCAACAACCUAGAACUCAUGUUGAAAUUUGUGCUAAAAAAUUGAUUCAAUUUAUAUUAAAAAAUAAGAAAACGGAAUGGGGAGAUUUGAUUCUUCGAUUAAAUGAGCAAUUUCCGUCGGAUAUUGGACUAUUUUGCGUGUUUUUAUUAAACCAUAUUCAAUUAAAACCAGGUGAAGGUCUUUUUCUUGAAGCUAAUACACCUCAUGCAUAUUUAUCAGGAGAAAUUGUUGAAUGUAUGGCAUCAAGUGACAAUGUUGUUAGGGUGGGAUUUACACCUAAAUAUAAGGAUGUGAAUACGUUAAUAUCAAUGCUGAGUUAUAAAUAUGGAUUAGAAUCAGUAAAAAAAAUGGAAGGAAAAGUAUUUGAAAGAUCCAAAGGCGAAGGAGAUGUACGUCUAUUUAAGCCUCCGAUUGAUGAAUUUGAGGUUAUGAAGAUUUUUAUAAAAAAGGAUCAAAAACAUUGGAUAGAAGGAUUAAAAGGACCAAGUAUUAUGAUUUGUAUACAAGGUGAAGGUGAAGUGAAAGUAAAUGGAAAUAUAUAUAAAAUGAAUCUUGGAUUUGUAUAUUUUGUUGGAGCAUUUGUUGAAACAGAAAUGAUUGGUAAAAGUCAAGAAUGGAUAAUAUAUCGAGCGUUUUUAGAAAUUUGA